ACGACGUCGUCUACCUUGUCCCCAUCAACCAUUACCUUGACAAAACUGGCAAUUUCUUGGCCCCAGACCAUCCCUCUCUCUCUCUCUCUCUCUAACCUGCUCGUCCAUUCGCGUUUCGCGUAGCCCAUCUCUCUCAUUCUCUCAGCCCUUUCUCUUUCUCUCUCUCUCUCUCUCUCUCUCUAAUCGCGAGCUCAUCGCACAAAAUCUCUGGAUUUCGCUAAUUCAAUCGCUCUUCCUUUUCCGAUUCCAAUCGAUCGAAUCUCUCUCUCUUUCUUUCUCUCUUCACAGCUCGACGAUAAAUCCGUACUUUAAAGUUUAUGCCACCUAAGCCCUAGACCCACGGCCCCCCCAACAUUUCCAACCGUGGGUUUGCGUUUUUCCCCUUAUUCAAUCGAAGAUCCGGGGCCUGAUCUAGGGUUUUACUCGGCUCGAAUUUCGCGAAUCUAGGGUUUCUUUCUUUCUUCAGUGGAAUUCGACUCGGGAUUGAUGUUUCUUUUCAAGGAAGAAGGUGGGAUCGAUUCAGAAAUCAAGGAAGAUGGAGGGCUAUGCAUGGGUCGGGAGGUGAGAAGUGGAAACGGAGUCGGCACAUGUGGCCGGUCCCUGAUUCGACCGCGACGACUGUAGCUACCAACAACAAUUCCAACACUCUCGAUUCCUUCUGCAAAGAUGGUCGCAAGAUCCAAGUUGGUGACUGUGCACUUUUCAAGCCACCUCAGGACUCCCCACCUUUCAUUGGAAUAAUUCGUAGGCUUAAUUUAGACAAAGAGGACAGGAUAACUUUAGGUGUUAAUUGGAUUUAUCGACCUGCUGACAUAAGGCUUCCAAAAGGGAUCUCGCUAGAAGCUGCCCUGAACGAGGUCUUUUAUUCCUUUCAUAAGGAUGAGAUACCUGCUGCAUCGUUACUCCAUCCGUGUAAAGUCGCAUUCCUUCGUAAAGGUGUUGAACUUCCUUCAGGGAUAUCCUCAUUUGUGUGCAGACGAGUGUAUGAUAUCGAGAACAAGUGUUUAUGGUGGUUAACUGACAAAGACUACAUUAAUGAGCGACAGGAAGAAGUAGAUCAGCUUUUAGACAAGACAAGACUAGAAAUGCAUGGGGCAGUGCAGUCGGGAGGCCGUUCUCCGAAACCUUUGAAUGGUCCAUCAUCUACACCACAGUUGAAAUCUGGUUCAGAUUGUGCACAAAAUAGUACAUCCUCUUUUUCUUCACAGGCUAAGGGAAAAAAGAGGGAGCGGGGUGAUCAAGGCCCUGAUUCUGCUAAACGAGAGCGUUUAUCUAAGACAGAGGAUGGGGAUACUGGGCAUUUUAGACCUGAAAGUAUGUUGAAGUCUGAGAUUGCCAAAAUAACUGAUAAAGGUGGUCUUGUGGACUUUGAAGGAGUUGAGAAGCUAGUUCAGCUCAUGCAACCUGACAGUGCUGAUAAGAAGAUUGAUUUGGCUGGCAGAAUAAUGCUUGUUGAUGUGAUAGCAUUCACAGAUAGGUUUGAUUGUCUUGGACGGUUUGUUCAGCUCAGCGGUUUGCCUGUAUUGGAUGAGUGGCUCCAAGAGGUUCACAAGGGGAAAAUUGGUGAUUGUACUGGCGGCAAGGAAAGUGAUAAAUCUGUUGAGGAGUUUCUCUUGGCUUUACUUCGUGCUCUGGAUAAGUUGCCAGUUAAUCUGCACGCCCUACAAACUUGUAAUGUUGGCAAGUCUGUGAACAAUCUGCGUAGUCAUAAAAAUUCUGAAAUUCAAAAGAAAGCUAGGAGUUUAGUUGACACAUGGAAGAAACGUGUUGAGGCUGAGAUGAAUAUGAAUGAUGCUAAAUCUGGUUCAAGCCGUGGUGUUUCAUGGCCCAACAAGCCUGCAUCUUCAGAAGUUUCUCAUGUUGGGGGCAGAAAAACUGGAAGUUCUGCUGAGGUUGGCUCAAAGAAUACCAGUGUACAACCUUCCCUAUCUAAAAAUCAAGUUAAGCCUGGUCCUGGGGAAGCUGUUUCCAAGCCAGCUGCAUCUCCAGGAUCAACAAAAUCUUUGAGUUCAUCAACUGCUAUCACUCCAAAGGAUCAGAACUUCAGAAUGUUAGUUGGUGGUGGGGCCUCGGAUCUGCCUUUAACACCAAUUAAGGAAGAAAGGAGCAGUAGUUCCAGUCAGUCUCAGAACAAUAGCCAAUCAAGUGAUCAUGCAAAAACUGUGGGUUCUUCAUAUAGGGAAGAUGCAAGGAGCUCAACUGCUGGCUCUGUGAGUAUCAAUAAAAUUUCUGGUAGUGCUUCACGCCACCGGAAAUCUACCAAUGGUCUUCAUGGAUCUUCUGUUUCAGGAGUUCAGAGAGAAGGUGUUUCAGGAAAAGUUAGUACCCCAAGUAGAAAUUUGACUUCUGAAAAGGCAUCGACGACUGGAGCAUCACAUGAUAAACUUACUGAUGUGUCCCUUGUUGACCAUGGAAAUAAUCGGCUUAUUGUCAGGUUGCCAAACACUCGGAGCCCUGCCAGAGGUGCGUCGGGGUCUUCUUUUGAAGAUCCUGUUAGUACUUCUGGGAGAGUUUCUCCUCCUGCUGAAAAGCUUGAUAACAAUGAGAAAAAACCUAAGGGCAGAAGCGAUUCCUUGCCAGUUAAUACUUCAUCAGAUAUGAACUCAGAUUUGUGUCAGAGCAAGGAUGAAGAAGGUAUUGUGUUACCUGCUUCAGGGGAGCUUCACAGAGCUGGUGAAGAUAGUGAAAAAGCUAUAGAAGCAUCAAAAGCUGCUGGCGCAUCAUCAAAGAUAACUUCGAGGUCAGGGAAGUCAUAUGAGGCAUCUUUAAGCUCAAUGAAUGCUUUGAUUGAAAGCUGUGUUAAGUUUUCUGAAGCUAAUGCAUCUGCAUCACCUGGGGAUGAUGUUGGGAUGAAUUUACUUGCCAGUGUGGCUGCUGGAGAAAUAUCUAAAUCUGAUAUGUCACCGUCAGGUUCUCCAGGGAGAAACUCAAUUGUACCUGAGGGAUCAUGCUCAGGUAAUGAUGGAAAAAUGAAACAACUUGGUGAAGAAGUUCCUCAAGUUCAAUGUCAACCUAUUGUGGUUGCAAGUGGUGGUAGUACGUUAGAGCAGGGUAAGUUUGGCUAUGUUUCGCUGGCUAAGAAUGAGUCGAGACAAUCUGUUAGCCACUUGGCGAGUGAUGAAGCUGGAGAUAGUAAAGGCACUUCAGCUGUUUGUGGGGAAAUGGCCGUGGAGUGUAGAGUACCAUGGAAUUGUUCUCCAAAUUCUCAGCAGAAUCUAGAUAUUCCACCCUUGAAGUGUGAUGUGAAGCCUGGUGAACCUUGUGAUGCUUGUGUACCUGUGCCUUCUUGUUCUAGAAAAGAGGUUUAUAUGGAGGCUGAGGGAGCUAACCAGUUUCAUGAGCAGAGAAAACUGGGGGCUCAAAAGGGAAAUGGGAGCAGCAUUUCUGAUUCUAAAUUAAAGAUGGAAACUCCCUUGUAUGAUGAAGAUAAGAAGGCAGAUUGUGCAGAUGAAAAAACUCUGGAGAACAGUACGCCAAUGGUAUCAGAAGCGGCUUCUGGAAGUGCAAAAGUUGAAAAGGACACUGAAACAACCUGCUCAUCUUCUGAGAUGGCUGUUGACAACCGGAAUGUGGACAAGGAGUCAAGUGAUGACAUAUUAAUAGAGCAGAAGACAUCUCGAAUAACUGAAAGUCACUCAGAGACUGUUGAUGGGGGAAGUGAGGAUGCUCGGCGGCGUUCUGAAUCUGGAAAUACUUUGGAUUUGCAGUCUAAGUAUGAAAAGGCUGAAGAUGUCAAGGUUGGAGGUCAAACUGAACGGACUGAUAGACAAACAGGGGAUGUAUAUUCUGCUUCGGUUCCUGAUAAUAAACAUGCCAAGGAGAAGUUGGAAAUGAAGGACCCUCUUGAUCACUCCCUGGGUGCAGCAAAUCCAGAACUUGAGCAAGCUGCUGCUUCUGUGCAAGAAAAUGAACCUUAUGAGAAGUCUAGUAGACGGAAGAUGGACAGUAAUGAAUCAGGGGAUGUGGAGGAGCAACAAGUUUCCAGUAUGAAUGCUUCGGGGCCAGAUGGAGCUACAAAGCUUGAUUUUGAUUUAAAUGAGGGUUUUCCUGUUGAUGAUGGGAGUCAUGGGGAGGUUGUUCAAGUGGGAGAUGCUGAAACUUCAUCAGCUAUUCAUGUACCUUGCCUAUUACCUUUUCAGAUUUCUACUAUGUCUGGCAGCUUACCUGCUUCAAUUACUGUGGCUGCUCCUGCUAAAGGGCCAUUUGUUCCUCCUGAAAACCCACUGCGGACCAAGACUGAACUUGGAUGGAAAGGUUCAGCAGCUACAAGUGCAUUCCGUCCUGCUGAACCCAGAAAGAAUCUGGAAUCAUCAAUUGGUACCAGUGAUAUGCCAUUUGGUGAUGCUGGUGGUAGCAACAAACAAAGUCGAGCUCCUUUGGACUUCGAUUUGAAUGAGCCAGACCAGAGAGCUUAUGAGGAUGUUGCUUCCCAAGGCUCUGCACCGGUAACAUGGUCUGAGACUGGGCCUCGUGAACGUGGUACUGGAGGACUUGAUCUUGAUUUGAAUAGGGUUGAUGAGAGUCCUGAUGUUGGUGCAUUCUCUGCUAGCAAUAAUUCUAGAUUGGAAAUCCCUCCUCUUCCUAGUAGAUCAUCAUUAUCCGGUGGAUUGUCCAAUGGUGGUGGGGUUAAUGUCUCCAGAGACUUUGAUUUAAACAAUGGGCCAGGCCUUGAUGAAAUUGGCACUGAUGCAGCACCUCGCACGCAGCCCAUCAAAAGCACUGUUGCAUUGCCAACUCCUGUUUCUAACAUUAGAGUGAACAGUCAAGAAUUUGGGAACUUCUCUUCGUGGUUCUCUCCAAACAGCUCAUAUUCAGCCAUCACUGUUCCAUCGAUUUUUCCGGGUAGAGGGGAGCAGAGUUAUGUUGCGCCUCCUGCACAGAGGGUACUGUGUCCUACCGCUAGCACUUCUUUCGGAGCUGAGAUUUACAGGGGCCCUGUGGGACCAGUGCUUUCAUCCUCACCAGCAAUGGCAUUUUCACCUGCUACCCCGUUUCAAUACCAGGGCUUCCCUUUUGAAACCAAUUUUUCUAUGUCAUCAAACUCUUUUUCAGGUUGUUCAACAGCAUAUAUGGAUUCUUCUUCGGGUGGAGCACUUUGCUUCCCUACUAUUCCCUCACAGCUAGUAGGGGCUGCUGGUGUAGUCUCAUCCCCUUACCCUCGUCCUGUAAUGAUGGGCCUUCCUGGUGGUACUAGUAACGUUGGUCCUGAUGCUAGGAAAUGGGGAAGUCAGGGUUUGGACCUCAAUGCAGGUCCUGGUGGAGGCACAGAUACAGAACGGAGAGAUGAGAGGCUUCCUUCAGGGUUUAGACCGCUUUCUAUUUCCAGUUCACAAGCCCUUGUAGAGGACCAGUUAAAGAUGUUUCAAGUGGGGGGCGUGUUGAAGAGAAAGGAACCCGACGGUGGGCUGGAUGCGAUGGAUAGAAUUAGCUACAAGCAACCCUCAUGGCAGUAAAAUUAUGGUGCAAUGUUGCAAAACCUGCAAGGCCUGAGCUUUGCAAAAUGGAGAUGACUGUUGGAAACGCUCGGAGAUGCUUUGAAGGGUCAGAUAUUUAUGGCCAGGCCUGAAAGAGUUCAUUGCCCCGAAAUCUAUGCCUUACCACCUCUAACUUUGGAAAACCGUUAGGGCCCUGGAGGCAGUUGUAUUAAUUGAAUCUGUUCUGACAGAUUGGCCUCUGCAGAUAAGUUUUCCUCUGUAGAUAUCUAACUCACAAAAAAGCAACCCACAAAAAAAAAAAAAAAAAAAAAAAAAAAAAAGGGAAAGAAAAAAAAAAAGAAAAAAAAAAAGGAAAACAAGUUGAUGUGGUGCCUAGAAACUAAGAAACUGGGGUCCAAUGUAAGAGGUUCAUGCCCAUUCAGUAACAUCAGGACCCUGAUUCUUGUUCCAUUUUAAAGGAGAGGAUUGGAUGUAUGAACUUCCCAGGCUGAGGCUGGCUUGUAUCUUCUGUCAUAAUUUUUUCUUCUUCUUCUUCUUCUUCAGUUGUUACAUAUAUAGUUAUUUACUUUAGUCAUGACUGCCGAAUUUUGUUACUUGAUCAUUCUGGUUAUUGAUAUUUGCACAGGCUGCUGAAUUGUUCUUUUUA